CUGGCAAAGCUCCCUACCACCCCCAUUUUCCAGAUGACGCGACUGAGGCCCAACCAGCUUUGUAGGAGGCGGAGUCUCCCCAGGGUCCCUCUCAGGCGGUCCUAGGGGAGGGGGCUCUGGGAGCCACGAGGCCCCUCCCUGCGUCUCUUCCUCUCCCGGCAAGCUCAGAGGGGCGGGGAGAGAGCCAGAGGAGGAGUAGAGCUCAAGCAGCUCUGCAGAGGGGGGCAGGAGCUCCGGUGUUUGGCACCCCCAGCCCCACCGCUGUUGCCGCUGCUGCAGUGGGGACACAGGUGAGGUUGGCCCUGUGGGGAGUGGGAGGGGUCCACCAACAUCGCUGUCCUUGCCCAUCCCUGGUCCAGCCCCCACGCCCUAUCCCAUCCUGGGGACAGUGCCCCAGGGUCCUGCUGGACCUUGUCCUUCCAGAGACCCAGCCCCCUCCCCUGCCUGUGCUGCCUUCUCUCCCAGGCCUGGCUGUAGCUGCUUCUCUUCCUAAUCCUGCUGCCUCUGCUGCUACUGCCGCUGCCUAGCACACACCACCAGCCCCUCGGGGUGUGGUUUCCCCAGACCAGCCCCCAGCAGUGGGACGCAGACUUAUCCGAAGCUCCCCCGCCAGCCUCUUGCAAGGCCCAGCAGCCCUCCUUCCUGGAGACACACCCAACUCCCUUCCAACACCCUACCCCGCUCUCCAACCCAUUUUUGGAAGAACCCCCUCUUCCUCUUAUCUUAGUCGUAUUUGAACCUCUGGGUACUCUGGGUCUGUGCCCAACUUCCAAUUGAGCCCUAGCACCGUGGAACUCCCCAGGCCCCUUUCUUGUCCCUGGAACUCUUGAGAAGGCAGACCAGGCUUUCUCAGACCCGCUAGAUACCCCUCUCACCAGACACCUCCCAGUCCCUGAAAAUGAACCCAGCCCCAUAUCUGCCCCUAUAGAUACCCCACUCCCUUCUCCGGUCCCAGUAGGGGCCCACCUCUCCUUCCUUCCCCAGAACUCCUGUAGAAUGUAGACACCCCCCACAGGCUAUUCUUGGCAGCUCUAGGCACUCCCAAGACACCUCUCAGCCUCUUUACAAACUCCUGGCUCUAUAGACACCCGUUAGAUACACCAACCCCUUUCCUAGGUCUCCAAAGGACUCCAAACCCCUGAUCCUUUCCCCAGAAGUCUUGAGGGUGUGGACAACCCUCCUCACCUUUCUCAGCCCCUCUAGAACCGCUCCCCCCUCCAGACACUCUUAGCUUCUUUCAAACACCCGUGGUCCCAUUUCUACCCCUCUGGUGACCCAAUCCCCUCUCCAACCCCACUAAGGGGUUCUAGUCCCUUCUUCCUUCCCUUAGAACUCUUGAGAGUGUGGACAGCUCCCCAGUGUUUCUUGCCGCCACUUGACACCCCCCCACACAUCUCUCAGGCACAUGCUGACCCCUCUAGAAUCUUCUUAGUCUCCCUAAACACUCCAUCAGAUCCUUCUCAGCCCCUCUAGACGCCCCUUUUCUGCUCCUCUCCAUAUUCCCUAGCCCCUUCUCAGUUCCUCAAGACAUCGCCAAGGUCCUUCCCAGACCCUCUAGAUGCCUCCCAAGCCCCUGCCCCUAUCUCUAGUUCCUCCUCCAGGUUCCUCUUGGCCUCUCUAGACACCCCCAGUUUCCUUGUGCGAGUGGCCCAGGGCCUCUCCAAGCACCCACCAUCCUGGAGACAGCCACAUUCUCCUAAAGGCCACCCCCCUCAGUCUCUGAGGGCCUGGGGCUAGCGGCAGGAUGGCGGCAGGUGUGGCCACGUGGCUGCCUUUUGCGCGGGCAGCCGCAGUGGGCUGGCUGCCCCUGGCCCAGCAGCCCUUGCCCCCGGCGCCAGGGGUGAAGGCUUCUCGGGCAGAUGAGGUUCUGGUGGUGAACGUGAGCGGACGGCGUUUUGAGACCUGGAAGAACACGCUGGACCGCUACCCAGACACCCUGCUGGGCAGUUCAGAGAAGGAAUUCUUCUAUGAUGCCGACUCGGGCGAGUACUUUUUCGAUCGCGACCCGGACAUGUUCCGGCAUGUGCUGAACUUCUACCGCACAGGCCGCCUGCACUGCCCGCGGCAGGAGUGCAUCCAGGCCUUCGACGAAGAGCUGGCCUUCUACGGCCUGGUGCCUGAGCUCGUCGGUGACUGCUGCCUCGAAGAGUACCGGGACCGCAAGAAGGAGAACGCCGAGCGCCUGGCGGAAGACGAGGAGGCCGAGCAGGCUGGGGAUGGGCCAGCCUUGCCGGCCGGCAGCUCCUUGCGCCAGCAGCUCUGGCGGGCCUUUGAGAACCCACACACGAGCACCGCAGCCCUGGUCUUUUACUACGUGACUGGCUUUUUCAUCGCCGUGUCGGUCAUCGCUAAUGUGGUGGAGACCAUCCCGUGCCGCGGCCCUGCGCGUCUGCCCUCGAAGGAGCUGCCCUGUGGUGACCGCUUCCCGCUGGCCUUUUUCUGCAUGGACACGGCCUGUGUGCUCAUAUUCACGGGUGAAUACCUCCUGCGGCUGUUUGCCGCCCCCAGCCGCUGCCGCUUUCUGAGGAGUGUAAUGAGUCUCAUCGACGUGGUGGCCAUCCUGCCCUACUAUAUCGGGCUUUUCGUGGCCAGGGACGAUAAUGUCUCAGGCGCCUUUGUCACCCUGCGUGUGUUCCGGGUAUUUCGCAUCUUCAAGUUCUCUCGGCACUCACAGGGCUUGCGGAUUCUGGGCUACACACUCAAGAGCUGUGCCUCUGAGCUAGGCUUUCUACUCUUUUCUCUUACCAUGGCUAUCAUCAUCUUUGCCACUGUCAUGUUUUAUGCCGAGAAGGGCACAAACAAGACCAACUUUACUAGCAUCCCUGCGGCCUUCUGGUAUACCAUUGUCACCAUGACCACACUUGGCUAUGGAGACAUGGUACCCAGCACCAUUGCUGGCAAAAUUUUCGGAUCCAUCUGCUCACUCAGUGGCGUCUUGGUCAUUGCCCUGCCUGUGCCAGUCAUUGUGUCCAACUUCAGCCGCAUCUACCACCAGAACCAGCGUGCUGAUAAGCGCCGAGCACAGCAGAAGGUACGCUUGGCAAGGAUCCGGUUGGCAAAGAGUGGUACCACAAAUGCCUUCCUGCAGUACAAGCAGAACGGGGGCCUUGAGGACAGUGGCAGUGGGGAGGAACAGGCGCUGUGUGUCAGGAACUGUUCUGCUUUUGAGCAGCAGCAUCACCACUUGCUGCACUGUCUAGAGAAGACAACGUGCCAUGAGUUCACAGAUGAGCUAACCUUCAGCGAGGCCCUGGGCGCAGUUUCGCUGGGUGGCCGUACCAGCCGCAGCACCUCUGUGUCCUCCCAGCCAAUGGGGCCUGGCAGCCUGCUAUCCUCUUGCUGCCCCCGCAGAGCCAAGCGCCGUGCCAUCCGCCUUGCCAACUCCACUGCCUCAGUCAGCCGUGGCAGCAUGCAGGAGCUGGACACACUGGCAGGGCUGCGGAGGAGCCCUGUGCCUCAGAGCCGCUCAAGCCUCAAUGCCAAGCCCCAUGACAGCCUUGACCUGAACUGCGACAGCCGGGACUUCGUGGCUGCCAUCAUCAGUAUCCCCACCCCUCCUGCCAACACCCCAGAUGAGAGCCAACCCUCCUCCCCUGGUGGCAGUGGCAGUGGUGGAGCCAGCAACACCCUCAGGAACUCCAGCCUGGGUACCUCUUGCUUCCUGCCUGAGACUGUCAAGAUCUCUUCCCUGUAAGGGGUAGACCUGCCCAUCCAGAGGGCCCUCUUGAUUCUUGGGGACUCCUUUCCAAAGCCAUAUUUUAGGGAGGCAGACAGGGACAGGCCUGGGGACCCCUUCUGCCCCCCACUGAGAACUAUGCAAUGGAGUUUCAUGGAAUCGCCCACCUUGUGAGGACGUAGCCAGGGAAAGGGGCACUUCCCCACCUCAGACAGUUUUCCUGGUGGUAGCUGAAUCAUUGGCCUCCUUGCCCGAGCACACUGGGAUCAGACCCUGUCUCCCAGCUGGUCUCCUGCAUGCUCCUCCCCUUGGGCCCUCAGGCUCCCACCUGACAUCUGAGCUCUGGCCUGAGAAGAAGAGGUGAGACUUCCUCUUCUCUCUGGCUGGGAUGUGGAGGUUUGGUUCAGAGAAGAGAAACAUCACCUCUGAUCUGGCCCCUAGGAGAGGUCCCCAAACUUCACCAGGCCCAACAACUCCCAGAUUCUGAAGCUUGGAAUGCAACCACAGGCUUCAUGGGCUGUGGCCUCAGCAGUGACCUGCUACCCCCAGGCCUUGGCUCAGGGGUCAGGCUUCCUCUUAUAAUACACAAAGAUAGCACAAACACUAACCCCCUUCCCUGGCUGCUGAAAAUGGGUCCCCACAACCCUGUCCUCCGCUGGGCCCUCAGCAAACUCUAGCAAUAGCAACUGCUGCCAUGACAUUAUGCAAAGCCUCUGCCCAGUUUGCUGCAGUAUUUACAUCUGCCCUAAUCAGAGGGGCCACCUCUAAUACUCCUCCUCUCUGCUCCUCUGGUUUGCUUCCUUCCUGGGUUGGGCUGGAGUCUGGACUGGCUGAGAUAAGCACCUGGCAGCCAGCGAGGGCUGGGCUGGGUUUGGAGAUCAUGGGCUGAUUCCAUGUUCUUGGGCAGGAGUCCAGAGGGCUGAGGCCUGGGUUGUUCUUGAACUCUGGGAGUUGUAGGAGGCAGGGGGAACUUCUUGAUCUCCUCGUCGUCCUCCUCCUCCCCCACAAUGCCUUUGCACAUAUCCCUCUUUCUUCUCCCUCUUGGGUCACCUUCUGGUACUCUGUGUUUGUUCUCAGGCUGAUAUCUAGCAUCAUCUCAGGUUCCCUGUCCCCAACACUGUCCCUGUGGAGCUGGUGGCUGACAAAGAUGUAGUUUCCAUCAGUCAAUAAAACCUGAGAGGAGAGAUG